AUGCUUGUCUUGGUAAAUCUUAUCACUAAUUCUAAUACUUCUAUGCCACCGUCAAUUAAAGACUUCAAUUCUUCCUCCAUGGGAGAGCUGGGUGACACAACUAAACCACUUUCGAUCAGUACUCGUGAGCAUCUCGUUCUUGGCCUAUUGAGCCUGAAAGAUACGAGUUCUGGCUACCUCCCAGAUCAAAUUGAUGCUACAACGACUUCGGAUUCAAAUUAUAAGAUCAACGAGCAAAGUCUGGCUGUGCCGGAGGAUAAGCGGCUCGACAUGUUGGCUGAGGCGCUCAAGUUAUCUCUCGAAGGUAAACCAUUCCCCUUUAUUACGAACAAAUGCACAGCCCUUCUUUUGAAAUUAAUUGGAUAUUAA